AUGAAGAUCUUUUACUAUCUCCUCCAUUUUCUGUGUUAUGUGACUUUCAUCCUACCAGCCACAUGUACCUUGAUAGAUCCUGAUCAGUGCUCAAACAAAUUUGGUCACUGUAGAAGACGCUGCUUUAGAGGUGAAAAGCGAAUUGAUAUAUGUCUUUUACCAAAUAAAAUUUGCUGCAUUGAGAGGUUAUAUGAUGAAGACUAA